GGCUCCGGCAGCCGCUGCUGGCUCCACAUCCUCAUCCUGAUGCUCCAGAUCCUUCUUUUUCUUGUGUACAAGGGGUCCCUUUUCUGCACCAACACUUGCUUUUGGUUUCCAGACUGUCAAAGACCCCAGCUUUUCCUGCACAUUGAACAGGGCUGUGGGGGAAUCUGUUCAGUUGCCCUUGAACUACUCUUUGAGUCCUGACGUCCGAGAGAUAGAAUGGAACUGGAAUUCUGAGGAUGAGAGAAAGCAGUUUCUGGUGUCUUGGAAGCCUAAAACCCCUAUUCCUGAGUGGUAUGAACUUGAAGACAAAUAUAAGCACAGAUUCCAUCUGACUGAGAAGUAUUUUUUGGACAUUUUGAAUCUCACCAUGGAAAUGAGUGGACUAUAUACGGCGGAAAUCAAAUUUCACUCAGGAAAAUCCCAGAAGGUAGCCUUUAGACUCUGUAUACAUGAACCCAUUCCUGAACCCCAAAUUCUGAUUCAUUCAUCAUCCAACACAUUAGACUGGUGCAAUGUCAGUCUGGAGUGUGGGACCCCAGGGACCAUGGAGAACUUCAUAGUGACCUGGUUGAGCAACGACUUUUCCAGGGAAUUGAAGCAGCAAGGGACACUGUCAGUAGCCUCCAACUCCAGGAAUCUAAGUCUGAGCCUGCCCCUGAGUCAGUUAAAUGGUCAUCUCAUUUGUAUGGUCAGCAACCCUGCAGACGAGAAGAAUGCAACCUUAGACCUGGAGAGCGUCUGCCCAGAGAGGGGUUCUUUCCAGAGCAAAUGGCUUUGGAAAGGAGUUCUUGUCAUGGUUCUGGUGGUGAGUCUGGGAGCUGGAGUGUGGGUCUGGAAGAGGAAGAAGACGGAGACUGAGAGAGGUGGGACCACCCUCCUGCCUGCAGUACCAGCCUCAGCCACUGUUUCCCAAGCCCCUCCUACAGCUGACUCUGAUGACCUGCAGAUGGAUGAACUUGAUAGUCAGGACCCUCCCUAUGCAGAGAUCAGCCCUCUGAGGCCCCCUAAGAACAACUUGGACAAGGAGACCUGCCAUGCACAGACCCCCAAGCCAACUCUGGAAGUCCACACUGUUUAUGAGAAGAUUCAUAAAAGUCCAGACCCCAAAGGGGACACCUAGAUCAUGAAUGGACUUGGACAAUGAGAGGCCUGGGGCGGCUUGCUCAUGACUCUAAUUCUGGGACCCUCACUGUCCAGUGGUGCUUCUGCAGUGCCCAGAGACCUUCAGGCUGGAAAAUCCUCCCUAGAUGAGUCGGUGAGCCGACUGUCCUGGGAAAGACUUGUCUAGAAUGAGGCAGAAUUACAACUGAAUCAAACUUUUCACAUAUUCUCUCAGUGACCCUGGACAACCUGCUGAAUUUAAUGAAGCCUGUGAUUAUCAGGACAAUGGGCAUGCGCUACUUCAGGUAGCCUCUGGGUUUAGAAACUGAGGUCCUGCGUGCAUGCUCCGUGAGGUUGCCAUGCAUGCCCGCUCAGUGAGAUCACUGGCGAAUGCUCAACAAGACUCCUCUUUUACCUGGAAUCCCUUAUCUAGGAGAAGCUUCCUGUUAUGAUCUUACUGGCCUUGCUACUAGACCAUAUUGCCAGCGGCGCUCCCUUGUGGAAAACAUUUCUCUAAUUAUUUUUACAAACUAAAACUGUCCUUGGGGAUAAAAAAACAAACAAACAAACAAACAAACAAACAAACAAAAAAACACCUAAUGAUAGACACCACCAUUCCUUCAGCUGCUUAUUUCUACAUUUAAAAAUAGCCACUGAAACCUAUUUAAAAUGAAAAAAUAAAGUACAAAUAUUUAUUUUGAAUGCA